AAAUACAGUUAGUAUAUGUGUUGUGCAACAGUAUCUACAUCGUUUUCGCAUGUUCCGCUUUAUUUUCAACGAGAUAUAAUAUCUCGAUACUCCGAAAAACUCUCGAAUUAUCCGUUUUCUUUCACUAUUUAUUGAAUCAUUCAUGGAUGAAAUAAAAUUGAUCGGACUCAUGUAUUUGCUGUCGUUUUGUAGUCAUCUUAGUGCGCUUCCGAUAAAUGUAACCUCUGAGAUAAGUAUGCUCAUUAAGAGAAUAAUAUGGACUAGUCGGAAUCAGUCAAACAUUUCUCUCGAAUUCAAUCCUAAUGCCAUUCUCAACACACCGGAGAUGAUAAGAAAAGCGGGUUAUCCUGCGGAAUCUCACGUUGUAAUGACGGAGGACGGCUAUCUCUUGACGUUACAUCGUAUCCCAGGUGGCAACGAUUCUUUACCCGUGCUGCUGCAGCAUGGUUUAUUAGGCAGCUCCGCUGACUGGCUUGUUCUUGGCAAAGACAAAGCAUUCGCUUACCUAUUAGCAGAUCAGGGUUAUGAUGUUUGGUUAGGAAAUUUUCGUGGUAAUAUUUACUCGAGGGCACAUGUUUCUCUCUCUCCGUCGAAUCCGACAUUUUGGGAUUUCAGUUACAACGAAAUGGGCAUCUAUGAUUCACCAGCAAUGAUCACAUUUAUCACGAAUAUGAGAUCCCAACUAUUGCAUACAUAUAUUGGUCACUCAAUGGGCGCAAAUAGUUUUUUCAUAAUGGCAUCAGAGCGUCCGGAAAUCGCGCAAAUGGUGCAAAUGAUGAUCAGUCUCGCACCAGCAAUCUUUAAAAACCACAUGCAGAGUCCGAUACAAUACUUCUACCCAUUUAAAAAUGAGUUUAAGUUGGCGAUGCAAUUGUUCUUUCACGAUGAAUUCCUCGGUGAUUCUGUAAGAUUUCUUUUGGAAGAUAUCUGUGACCGGAACAUUGAAUUUUGUUCCAAUAUGCUGUCUAUGAUCUGGGGUGAUGAUUGCGAGCAAUUUAACAAUACUCUACUGCCUGUCAUCUUGAAAAAUUUCCCGGCCGGCAGCUCGACUAAGACUAUUCUGCAUUUCAUCCAGGUAUUUGAAUCAGGCAAAUUUCGCAAAUAUAAUUACGGUCGCGAGAGAAAUCUAUUGAUUUAUAAUUCGAUGGAUCCACCAAAUUACAAUUUAUCGAAUACCACAGUACCAAUCGCGUUGUUUUACGCCGAUAAUGACUGGUUAAUCGACACAAAGCCGGAGAUGAUAAGAAAAUCGGGUUAUUCUGCGGAAUCUCACGUUGUAAUGACGGAGGACGGCUAUCUCUUGACGUUACAUCGUAUCCCAGGUGGCAACGAUUCCUUACCCGUGCUGCUGCAGCAUGGUUUUUUAAGCAGCUCCGCUGACUGGAUUGUUCUUGGCAAAGGCAAAGCAUUAGCUUACUUAUUAGCGGAUCAGGGAUAUGAUGUUUGGUUAGGCAAUUUUCGAGGCAAUACAUACUCGAAGGCGCAUAUUUUCCUGUCUCCUUUGAAAUCAACAUUUUGGAAUUAUAGCUUUCACGAAAUGGGCAUCUAUGAUUUACCCGCGAUGAUUACAUUUAUCACGAAUAUGAGAUCCCAACCAUUGCACACAUAUAUUGGUCAUUCUAUGGGCACAACUAGUUUUUUUAUAAUGGCAUCAGAGCGUCCGAAAAUCUCUAAAAUGGUGCAAAUGAUGGUCGCUCUCGCGCCAGCAGUUCUCAUAAAGCACAUGCAGAGUCCGGUACAAUACUUGAAUCUAAUUAGAAGUGAAAUUAAGACAGUGAUGAGAUUGCUCUUCCACGAUGAAUUCUUCCAAAGUGACAUUGUGAGAUUUCUUUUGAAAAAAAUCUGCCUUCGGAAUAUUAGUCUCGCAGAGAUCUGCUCCAAUUUCAUGUUUAUAAUCUGGGGUGAUGAUCACGAACAGUUUAACAAUACUCUACUGCCUGUCAUCUUGAACCAUUUCCCAACCAGCGCCUCGACUAAAACGCUACUGCAUUACGCCCAAGUAUUUGAUUCGGACAAGUUUCGCAAAUACGAUUAUGGUCGCGUGAAAAAUUUGUUGAUCUAUAAUUCUAUGGAUCCACCGAAUUAUGAUUUGUCGAAUAUUACAGUGCCGGUUGCGUUGUCUUACGCCGAUAAUGACUGGUUUAUUAGCAUAGAGGAUGUGAAAAGGUUGUACCAUUUACUGCCCAAUGUAAUGGAUAUGUACGAAGUGCCGUGGUCAAAAUUCAAUCACAUGGAUUUUAUGUGGGGCAAAGAUGCGUCAAAACUCGUAUACGAUAGGAUUCUCAAGAUUAUGAGAGGCAAAAAUCCAAAGAAUGUUACAUCAGUGAAUAAUAUUGUCAACAAUCAAAAUUAAAGAUAAAUGUAACACGUAGCUAGAGCUCUUUAGUAGUAUUGAUGAUUGUAGUAGUUCAUUUAAUAAAAUGUAAACUUAUAA